CUUUAUGACCAUUACUUGUGUGGCCAUUCCCAAAUCAUUUUAAAAUGAGCGGCAUAUUGGCAUCAGCCCGUAGUCCUUUACGAAAAAGAGCACAAUCAUUACUUUUCAACCGCAGCAUGCACCAAUCAACUCUCCUCAGGGCGAGCGAUUCCGUCAAAAAACAACCAAAAAGCCCGUAUGAGUCUACGGUUCUAUUGCUUAAUACUCCGUUUCCUCUACGCGCAGACGCCGUAAAGCGCGAGCAUCUUUUCCAUGAUAGAUGUACCAAAGACUUAUAUCACUGGCAGCUCAGGAACAAUCCGAAAGAUUUGUUUGUUCUUCAUGACGGGCCACCGUAUGCUAAUGGCGACGUCCACAUGGGGCAUGCUUUGAACAAGAUUUUAAAAGAUAUCAUUUUGCGGUAUAAAGUACUCCAAGGCCACAAAGUCCAUUAUACACCAGGAUGGGAUUGCCAUGGAUUGCCCAUUGAACUCAAGGCAUUGGAAAAGUUGAAGGCAACUGAUUCCAAAAAGCUACUCCCUUCCGAGAUUCGAAAGGUCGCACGGGAACGUGCACUUUUGGAAGUCGCAAAACAGAAGAAGGACUUCAUGAGCUGGGGUGUCAUGGGCGACUGGGAUAAGCCGUAUUUGACGUUAAACAAAGAUUUUGAAAUUCGACAACUUGGAGUGUUUAGCGAAAUGGUGAAGAAAGGAUACAUUUACCGUCAACUCAAACCUGUCUACUGGUCUCCAUCGUCAAAAACUGCCUUGGCGGAGUCCGAAUUAGAAUAUGACGAUCAGCAUCUCUCUCGUUCUGUCUACGUGCGAUUUCCCAUUACAAAAUCUGUCAAAGCCUUGGAAUCACUUCAGAAGGAUCCCAAGUCGCCAUUAUACGCUUUGAUUUGGUCAACAACGCCUUGGACCUUACCGGCGAAUCAAGCCAUUGCUGUCCAUAACGAUCUUGUAUAUACACUCCUUGAUGUCAAGGGCGAAGGUUCUUCAAAUUCAACCUACAUUGUCGCAGAAAAUCUAGUUGAUAGUCUUGUUGAGACUUUGGGUGCUUCGGAAUACCAGCAAGUUGGCAAGAUCACUGGAUCCGAGUUAGUCGGUGCAGAGUAUAAACACGUACUCAACGGCAAGAAUAUGCCCAUCAUUGCUGCUGGCCAUGUCACUGCGGACUCGGGUACUGGUCUCGUGCACACUGCUCCCGGACACGGUAUGGAAGAUUACGAGGCAUGUCGAUCACUUGGCAUCAUGCCCUUUAGUCCUGUGGACGCCGAUGGCAAAUUUACAGCUGAAGCCGGAAAGAAAUUUGAAGGCUUGUUUACAUUCGAUCAAGGAACUGAAGCUGUCAUUAAUGAGCUUCAGGAACAAGGUUACAUCAUCAAGGAGCAAGCUUACAAGCACAAAUAUCCUUACGACUGGCGUACCAAGAAGCCUGUUAUGUUGAGAGCCACCGCUCAGUGGUUUGCCAACGUCGAAAGUCUUCAGAAAGAAGCGGUAGAAGCCCUAAGAAACGUUAACAUGGUUCCAAGUGUUUCUAUCCGUCGAUUGGAAGGAUUCACGAUGUCAAGAAAGGAAUGGUGCAUCUCCAGACAGAGAGCAUGGGGUGUUCCCAUUCCAGUUCUCUACGAUGUAGAGACGGAUGUGCCGCUGUUGACGGAGUCCAACAUUGCCCACGUUCUCAAAGUCAUUGAUGAAAAGGGCAUUGACAGCUGGUGGUCGGAAGAAGAUGAUAUGGUGUUUGUUGCACCUGAAUACAAGGAGACUGGCAAAAAGUACAAGCGUGGAUACGAUACUAUGGAUGUUUGGUUUGACAGUGGAACUUCUUGGACUUUGGUAGAUGGCAUGGAGGGAAGAGAUCCAUCAAAGCCCGUCGCUGAUGUCUAUCUUGAAGGAAGCGAUCAGCAUAGAGGAUGGUUCCAGUCAUCUUUGUUGACUAGCAUUGCCGUCAAAUCUAAAGCCCCAUAUUCAACCCUGAUAACUCACGGAUUUUUGCUCGACGAGAAGGGCUACAAGAUGUCAAAGAGUUUGGGAAAUACCAUUGUACCAUCUCUUAUCACUAAGGGAGGAAAGGACCUGAAGAAAAACCCUGCUUAUGGCACUGAUGUUUUGCGAUUAUGGGUAGCCAAUACAGAAUUCACAAAGGAUGUUAGCGUCGGUCCAACAGUGAUUGCGCAAGUGUCAGAUAUGAUUCGAAAAGUUCGUACUACCUCCCGCUUUAUGCUCGGUAGCAUAUCCGAUUUCAGCCUGAAGGAUACCGUUCCAUAUGACCAGUUACAACCGGUUGACCAAUAUAUGCUUCAUGAACUCGCACAGUUCACUACUUCCAUGACGCAAUCCUACGAAGCAUUUGACUUCAAUGGUGCAAUGCAAACCCUUCAACAUUUUACCGCAAAUACACUUUCAUCCUUCUAUUUCGACGUCAUCAAGGAUCGUCUCUAUAACGACCCACAAAACUCACAUUCACGAAGAACUGCUCAAACUGUUCUGGCCGCAGUUCUCAACACAUAUACCUUGACCCUCGCCCCAGUGACUGUUCACACUGCUGAGGAGAUUUAUGAGCAAUACAAAGAGCAGACCGAGCAGCCGCAAUCAUCUGUAUUCAAAGUCAGGUGGCCAACUGCGAAUUCUCAAUGGGAUAACCUUGCUGUAAAGGAAGAGUGGGACAUUCUGCGUUCACUGAAAGUCGAAGUCAACCGCGUGCUAGAGAUUGCACGCCAAGACAAAAACAUUCGAUCAUCACAAGAGGCUACCGUUGACAUCUUCUUGCCGGAUUCAUCAUCCGUUAUAAGUCAAGUUAUACAGAAACAUGGUAUGUAUUAUCUGCAUGUAUAUGAGCACAAAUCAUAGAUUGGGAAUCAACGGUUAUUAACGCCUUGCGGAAAUCUCUUUUCUUUUAUUCGCAAAAAAGCUUCGGAAUUAGCAUCUGUAUUCAUCAUUUCUGGCGUCAAUGUUCACACGAGCAAGGAAUCCAUGCCAAGCGGAGGCUAUGAGCGAGAAUGUGCUAUAUUGGACAAGGACAACGUCGUUAUCAACAGCAGACGAUCCGAUCUC